AUGAAAGCAGAUAGCAUCAGUCCUUACACGACAGCGCCGUCUAACCCGCCAUCUCUCCAUUACGAACAAGACACCGGUGCUUCCAAAAGUGCUUUGGAUCAUGGUACCAACAGCAAUACCAAUAGUUCUGUGUCAUCAUUGUCACGGAAUGAUGGUAUCUCAAGUUUUCAAGUAGGACCAAUUGAUUCUUGUAACAAUGUUAACUUACAAAAUCGUCUGGAACAUUUAAAACAUUGGAGUGUAAAUACAUUAAAGUGCACAAAGCAAAUGAUAGAAGAAAAACUUGGCACAGCAAGCGUGACAUUCGAUCAAGAACUUGAAGAUCGCAUCUCAUCAUUCAGGAAUAUGCAUCAGCAAUAUAAAAUACUCCACAAUCUUGCCCAAAAGUUAACAAAUAGUUUUCGUGAAACCCUUAACCAUCAACGUGCCUUCUCAAAUCAUAUGGCUACUUUAAUAGUGCAACAACCUGAAUUAAGCAAUGAAUUUACAUACAAUACAGAAACACAACGUAUUGUGAUAUCGAAUGGCGAAAAAUUACUAGCGUCAUUAGAUCAUUUUGUGAAUUCUCUGGGUACACUCAUCGGUCAUGCAUUUACGGAUACAUGGAAUACUGUUGCCAAUAUGCAUUCAGCUCGUGUAGAAUACGAUGCUUAUCGCAAUGAAGCUCAGCAGCUGAAGAAUAAAAAACCUGUUAACGGUAACAAUACCUGUGAUAAUCCUACAACGACUGGUAUUUUUAUGCCAAGAAAUGAAAUUGUAAAUAAUCAGGUACACGAUGAUGGUCGUAUCCAGUCAGGAUUAGAAGCAGCCUAUGAACGGUACACUGAACUGAAGAAGGUUGUUUGUUGUAAACUGGAAUUCCUACAAGAUAAUAGAUUACGUGUCAUGCAGCAUCAGUUAGUGUUGUUGCAUAAUGCAACAUCUGCAUUUUUCUCGGGAAAUAAUCAACAAUUGGAGCAAAUUUUAUGUCAGUAUAAAAUUAAACUACCAGGCAGUCAAAAUGGAGUCAGGCAUUAA